GUGACGGACGUCAGCGGUGGUUGCGGUCAGAGCUUCCAAGUUCUGAUAGUUAGCGAUAUAUUCAAAGGCUUAAUCACAAUAAAGAGACACAGACUGAUCAACGAUUAUUUAAAGGAAGAGAUAAAGGAUUUACACGCGUUCAGUCAGAAGACGUUGACGAGAGACGAAUACGAGAAUGCUAAAUGA